AUGGCGUUCCUUUUCAAAUCAAAAAAGCACAACAAUUCCCAGGGUGGUUCCCAGACGUCAAGAAACCUACAGACAGCCGAGGGCAACUCGACGCCGACGCCGCCUCCUGCGCCCGCUAUAAAUGGCGUCCCUCGUGAUGCGGAUGCCAAAGUAGGCCCUGCCCGUCCGCCUGUCGCCGGGCCCAAUAUUCCCGUCAACUCGACAGGAGGCCCUUCUAUGGGCCCUCCAAGCCAGCCACCUUCUCGACAAAGACGAGAUAGAGCAGAUUCUGAGACCCAGGGACUAAGACAACCCGCUUUGAACCCUGGAACGCCUCCCCAAGGCCCCAAUCCUGCCCUCUUCCCUUGGUCUCAACGUCGCUUAAAUUUCCCUACUCCGCAAACGACUCCCUUCCCUCGAUAUGGUGCUGCGGUCAACUCUGUCGCGUCGGAGGACGGUGAUAUAUACCUAAUGGGAGGUCUGGUGGAUGGGACUACAGUCAAAGGCGACUUAUGGAUGAUAGAAAGCAGCAGCGGCAAUCUUUCAUGCUUCCCAAUUACACCUGUCACCGAAGGCCCAGGCCCCCGCGUCGGCCAUUCUAGUUUACUGGUUGGAAAUGCGUUUAUUGUGUUCGGAGGGGAUACAAAAAUAGACGAGAAUGAUACUCUCGACGAUACGCUUUACUUCUUAAAUACUUCAUCCCGCCAAUGGUCUCGUGCCGUGCCGCCAGGCCCAAGGCCUGCUGGGAGAUACGGGCAUACUUUGAACAUUCUUGGCUCUAAAAUAUACAUCUUUGGCGGUCAAGUGGAAGGGAUUUUUUUUAAUGACUUAAUAUGUUUUGACCUUAAUGCUUUGCAAAACCCGGGCAAUAAGUGGGAGUUUCUUGUUAGAAACAGCCAUGAAGGGGGGCCGCCACCAGGCCAGGUUCCCCCCGCCCGAACUAACCACACUAUUGUUUCUUUCAAUGACAAGCUUUAUCUGUUUGGUGGUACUAAUGGCGUACAGUGGUUUAAUGAUGUUUGGUGUUAUGACCCUAUGACAAAUGUGUGGUCACAGUUGGACUAUGUUGGUUUUAUCCCUGCUGCUAGAGAAGGCCAUGCCGCUGCGCUUGUUAACGACGUGAUGUAUGUGUUUGGUGGGCGCACGGACGAGGGCAUGGAUUUGGGUGACUUGGCAGCAUUCCGAAUCACGACUAGACGCUGGUAUUCUUUCCAUAACAUGGGACCCGGCCCAUCCCCGAGGUCCGGACACACAAUGACCGCUUCUGGGAAACAAAUUAUCGUUCUUGGUGGUGAACCCAGCUCGGAGCCGCGUGAUUUCCAUGAGCUUGGUUUGGUGUACGUGCUGGACACUGGAAAAAUUCGAUAUCCAAAUGAGCAGAGCCCUACUUCCCCUACUGGCGACAAACACCCUCGAAGGGUACCUACCAAUGACCGACAACCAGGCGGGCCUUCGGGUCGAAGUUCACGUGAAGGCCAAAAUGGAACUCCUGAUUUGCAAAAACGAGGCCCACAUACUCCCCAGGGUCGAGAAAACGUCGUUAGUCCGGGCGCUGGUGGCCCAGGGCCGCGUUUGCCUCGGACUUCCAUUGCUCAAGCGCCUGCGGGGCCUCCUCCAACCGGACAGCCGCCGAAUCCUGUAGGUCCACAUCCUGGAUCUCAGGGCCCUCGCGGAAAGCCGCCUAUAAAACAGGAUAGAGCUCCCCCAGGCCUGGUGGGGGCGAUAAGGGCUUCUGAGAAGGAUCGACAGUCUCCCGUAACCCGAGAUGGAAGUACGCAUAGCAAGGCCGGCCGCGAACAAAGCCCUAUGUCUGGCAAUGGACGACGAACCCCAACCCAGCCCGUUCGAAAUGCUCGAGCUAUGGAGGCUGGAGAAGCUGCGCCUUUAGUAAGUACACCGUCUCGACAAAGAUCUUUAAGGCAACAAAGACAUAGCUCUGUAGACAGUGUGGAUGAUGCCGUUGUUGCUUCAGAGGCCAGGAGUUAUAGGAACUCUCGUAAUUUCGGCGAUGAACCUCGAUCACCCCGUUUGACUCCACACCAAGAAGCUCUCACGAAAGAAAUUGAGACAAUGAAAAGUCGAAACGCCUGGUAUGCGGCGGAGCUGGCGCUGGCGCGAAAAGCGGGCUAUUCUCCAACUCCAAACCCUACUAUCUUAGAUGAAAAAAGCCUGGCUACAUUUGCAGAGGGCGAUCGCGCUUUCGUCGAAGCCUUCCUUGCGAUGAAAGGAGAAUUAGCGAAAAUGCAAGCAAAUGUGGACAAACAAGCAGCAGUCGCAUCCAAACGUGUUGCCGAAGUCGAGCAUCAAAGGGAUGUUGCUAUCAACGAAGCAGCAUUUGCCAGAGCAAAAUUAGCGGCACGAGGGGUAAGCCCUUCGGGGACGCCCCAAUUGGACAAAAUUGAGCGCGAUGGAGCCGAUGUUCUCGGGGAUAGAACCACUGAAAUUAGUCGCCGUCUUGCCUUAGCCCUAGCAUCCCAGAGCGAGUUAAAAUCAAAAGUGGAAUUACUAACUUCGGAGCUUCAAGAGGAAAGAAAAGCAAAAGAAGUGGCAGAGGAGCUCCAUGAAACUAUGAAUCGAAGACUUGGGGAAUUGGAUACUCAAAACAACAGCCUUGAACUUGAGCAACUACGGGCGGAACUGCAUCAACUUCGCUUUUCCCAUCAAGAGGAAUCUACGCGUCGUUCAGAGGCCGAAUCCUUGAUUCAACUCUAUGAAAUUGAUAAAACUGAACUCUCACAGAAACUAGAAGAAUCGACAUCCCGCCUUCAAGGUUACAAUUUAAACCUCGGCUCCCUUCGAGAAGCAGUUAACGCUUCAGCUGCUAAAGCAUCUUUAAUGGAAAAACAGCUAGACUCCGAGAAAGAACAUAGAGAGGGGCUCGAAAGAAAGCUGUUAAAUCUAAAGUCAGAACAUGAAGAGAGAACCACAGAAUUGGAGACGGCUGUUCGGCGAUUGCGGGAGGCAGAGGAACUGGCAGAAACGAAUGCUCGUGAGGCCGAGAGCCAUAAAGCGGCUUUCUUGUCUGGUCUGGAACGUGCGUCAUCUUAUGACUCGGAAAAAAGUAACAGCUCCCUUGUGGAUCAACGUGUUUCUGCAUUGCAAGUCCAAGUAGAUCGCGCGAAUGGACUAGUCAAGAGUAGCCAACAGGCUGCUAAUAAUGCUGCUGAUAAACUUCGACGCGCCGAAGAAAGGAUUGCUGGCCUAGAGGCAUACCAGGAGCAGAGCAGUCGGGAGGGGCUUCAGCUUCGAAGACAGCUGCAGGCUACAUUGAAAGAGAACCAAGCCUUGAGUUCAGAAGUCAGAGAAGUCAAGUCGUAUCUGGAAAGCCAGCAACGAGAUACCAGUGCUCUGGCUAUUCAACACGGUGCCUUGAAAGAUCUUCUGGGUGAACGUGGCGUCAAUAUGUCAGAUAGCCGACGAUCUCCCCUUCUAGAUUCUCCUGGAUCAAGAUUUGGUACGCCGGAGCAUGCACGACUAAGGGAAUUAGAACAGCAAUUGCAAAACAGCUUGAAAGCCCAUGAAGAAAUGAAAGCGACUUUUGCGUUCAGGGAGCAAGAAGCCGACCGAGCAUUCCAAGAGAAGGUGGAACAGCUGGAGAAUGACUAUCAGUCAGCCGUUCACUAUGUGAAAGGAACCGAAAAGAUGUUGAAGCGGAUGAAAGAUGAACUCAGCAAGUACAAGGCACACUCGCUUAAACUUCAGUCUGAUUUGGACAAUGCUUUGAAAAAUCCAGAAAGAUCCCCAAAACAAGCCCAAGAAAAUUUCUCAGACUGGGAAAAGGAGAAAGCCGGGUUGCAAAAAUCGAUCUCCGAUCUACAGGAAAAGUCGCUUGCAUCUAUAUCCACCUUGGAAAGUCAGCUUGUCAAGGUCAAAAGUGAUAUGAUGUCGGCAAAUGCGGAGCGUGAUAAGUCACGCUCAGAGUAUGAGUCCCUUCGAAAGGAGCUCACAGAGACGAUGGAUAAGUCAAAAGUGGAGCUAGAUCAACUCAAAAAGGAGAACACUCUCCUCGAAAAUAGGGCCAUCGACGCCGAGAAAAAGGUUACCAUGCUUCUUGAUCAAGUGGAGUCGUCUGUGGUUAAUUAUCGCCGGCAGUCGCUUGUCGGCAACUCCAAUGGAAUCAGCCGCACUACAAGCAACGCUUCUAGCCAUGCUGCCCCGACACGAAGGCGCUCGACAGAUGGUAGUACUGCUUCUCAAGAUGACUCCUUCCCCGACCAUCGUGGCUCGCUCGCCCUCGAUUCCCUUGCUAGCGAACUCGACGCACUUCGAAGCCAUUGGGAAAAUACGUCGCGAAAUUAUCGUCUCAGCAACCAAUUUGAUUUUGAAAGAACCCCCACCAAAGAGACAUAUGGAGAAGGAUUGAGCGAUAGCUUUGCCAGCUGGCGACGACGACUCGAUGAGGAAGAGUCCCGUGCUGAAACGCCAUUACAAACUCCAACCCUUCCUCCGGCAAUUGCAUCUGCAUCUGCUACCACUCCUGCUGUGAAAAAAGCUUCUUCUGCGGUUACAAGCCCGACGCAACCAAAUAUGAUUUAA